CUAAUGUAGAGCCUCUACCCAGCAAACACAGAAUAUUAUUAUUAUGUAACACAGAAGUAACAGGUAAUAUAACGGCAGUUAUAUAUUACUAACAUUGCAAUGAUAUAAUUUCUUAUUACGACAGUAAUAUAAUUAUGUUUUAUAACUGCUUUAUAUUUCUGUUAUUUACUGGUUAUAAUCAACGUAACAGCAAUAUAACUUAAGCGUCGUCUACAAUGACUGUAGCAGUAAGUUGUAAAACCGUAAUAUUUAGUUGUAGGUUGUAAAGUUUUUAUUCUUAAAACCAUUUGUCUACAAUGGCAGUAACGUAAGAUGUAAGGCAGACCAAUGAAGAAAGAAAAUGUGAAGUGUGUGCUUUGUUGUGUAAUCAGUGAUAUAUGUGCCCGCUCAAAAAUGGAUUUACAGAAAUUAUUAGGCCUUAUGACUCUUUUAAUGUUAUUAUGGCAUCAAAACGUUGCGCUUCAAAUUAUAAAUUAUCGGCAGAAUAUGAAAAUUAGACGUUGGUGGGUGAGACCAAUCAAUAAAAGGAAACAACGUUUCCUGUGUAAUCUAUUUCGUGAAGUCAGAUCAACUGAUCACGAAGAAUUUUUUAUGUACACGCGGCUUUGCCCGGAACAGUACAAAAUUUUAUUGAAGGCAGUAACCCCAUAUCUCAGAAAACGCAGUAAUCGAAAAUCUUUGUCACCAGAUACAAGACUGGCUAUAACCCUGACAUAUCUUGCCCAAGGUGAUAGCGUGAUAUCCAAACAUUUGGAGUAUCGUGUAGGAAAAUCAACAGUACACAAAAUUAUACCAGAAGUGUGCCAUGCUAUAUGGCUAGCUCUACAACCUGUUGUUUUGCCUACAUUGAGUGCUGAUGAAUGGAAAAAGAAAAGUGAAGACUUCUUGUUUAAGUGGCAAUUUCCAAAUUGCGUAGGAGCACUUGACGGGCGCCAUAUGGAAAUACAAGCAUCACCAUGUUCAGGAUCUCAUUUUUUUAAUUAUAAAGGAUACUUUAGUACAGUUCUUUUAGCACUGUGCGAUGCUAACUAUAAAUUCACAUGGGUUGAUAUUGGUCAAUUUGGUUCAAUAAGUGAUGGUGGCAUAUGGAGCCAAACGAAUUUGGCUGCUGAUUUAGAAAGUAAUGCAGCAGAUUUUCCAGAACCUAUGCCUUUACCAGGAAGAGAUAUUCCAUUUCCUUUUGUUAUAGUGGCUGACGAAGCAUUUCCUCUAAAACCGUAUUUAAUGCGUCCUUUUCCAAGGAGAGUUAGCAGAAUGACAGAUGAGGAGCGUGUAUUUAACUAUCGGUUAAGUCGAGCACGAUUGUGUAUAGAGAAUACUUUUAAUAUUCUUACUUCUCGUUGGAGGAUCCUACAUAAAAGGAUGUGUUGCUCAGUACAGAAUGCAGAAAAGAUUUGUAAAGCACUUGUCUGUUUACAUAAUUUUGCCAUGAAUGCUAAUAAUAAUAGCCAAUAUUCUCGACCUGAAUGGCUUGAUGUAGAAAAUGAUGAAGGAAGACAUCAUGAAAACCGAUGGCAUACUGUAGGAGUUGCACAAUACUUUAGAGAGUUAUCAAGAGUAGGACCUAAUAGAGCUGGAUCUGUUUCUGUGGGCUUACGUAAUUAUUUAAAAGACUAUUUUGUAUCGCCUAUUGGAAGUGCUCAAGCAUCAUGGCAAUUCGAAAGAGUAUUUACAUGCAACGCUAACCCACCUGCUUAAUAUUUUUUUAUUUCUUUGUCUCGGUGAACUCCAACAUUGACCACAAGCACGUCAAUUCGUAUCGAUUAUCUUGUCGGUCAUUGCACGCAUUGCUAGUGAGUCAGAUGAUAAGGACGACGAGAUAUGUGAGAUUUACUAUAAGGAUUCGCGCAAAUCCUUGAUUCAUAUGUUUUAACGCGGAAAGCGGACGAAUUAAUUUUAAUUUUCUUUUCCAGAAAAACCCUGAAGCCUGUUUUUUUUAUAUAAGCAAAGUAUCUUCGACACACACUUUGUAAUUAACUUGUUUCUUCAUUGUUGAAUUACAUAAUCUUCCUUAAUAAGAAGGAAGAAGGGUCUUAAUAAUCCGAGCAAAGAUUUAUGGUCUUAAAUAAGAUUAGUUUUAAUGCGUGAAAUAAACUCCCGAUUGAUUGUCUUUCGUAUACUCGGCCAUCUGCGCGAUAGUUAUUCAUUAAUACGUUUAUUUCUGUACGAAUGCGAUACUUAUUUGUCUUUUUCUUAGAAAAACGAGUAAGAUAGAAACUCGUUGUUCCGGAACAAAUUAUACUCAUGUAUGUAUUUUAAUUAUUUCGGAUAUGAGGUCAACUUUUCCUCUUGAAGAAAUUUCGAAUUGAUUA